CAUGACAGUCGUUCAAAACAGUGCUCAUUCUGGAAAUUUAUUUCUUUGCAUACCACUUUUUUAAGUCAGAGUUUCUUUAACUUUUGGAUUCAUUGAUUGGAAUGACAAUUACUUCAAGGAUGUCAUACGAAGCCUCUUACGUGAAGGCAAGGAAAAAGGCUGUAAAGCAGCUCAAAACCAGUAAUGCACAACAACUGGAGAUUGAAACCAAGAAAAUGGAGGACAGGAUACGAGCUUUGAAGGAGCAAAUGUUCAAGGAAAAAGAAGAGAGAGAAAAGCAAGGGGGAACAAGGUGGGUAUCAGGGAAGUCUGGCCCACUGAACACCCAUGCUCAGGAUGUGCUAAAAAAGAAGAGUACAAAAACUGAUAAGGCUCCAAGGAAAAUAAAGAUUCUUGGAGAUGAACCUUUACAAUCUUACAAGAAGAAAGCAACACCAAGGGCUGAGCAAACGGAUAACACUGGUGCUUCAGGGUGUGGUCAGUGCGAGAGGGUGAAAGCAACUUUGGUGUGCAUUGAAUGUGCUGAAAAGUACUGUGUGAGUUGCUUUAUGUCAUUUCAUCAAAAGGGUGCACUCAAGAAACACAGCACCCAGACACUUGAACAGGUAAGAACUGUCAUGUUUUUUUUUCCUCAUGUGGUAAUGGGGUGGGAGGGGGGAGGUAUGCAGGUCUACUGUCAAACCAAGUGAAGCGUACCCUUCAAGAUUACAUUAAUGAAUUGAUUAUUUGAUUAUUGAACCCAUUAGUCCUAUCUGGAACGACUAGCGGAUUCAAUAUUCAUAUAGUCAAAUCAUGAAUGUAAUCUUGAGGGGUACGCUUCACUUAGUUUGACUGUAAUAUAUUGGUGUUCAAAUGAAUGCACCAGUACUUUAAGGAUAAGAACAUGUAAGCAUGCUACUUCUCAGCCAUUUUGACUUGCUUGCCAUGCACCAGAUAAACUAUAACAGGAGAACUACUCAAAUCAAUGUUACUGGGCAAAAUUCUGCACACAUUGACAAAAGAAAACUCUUGUGUUUACAGUAGUUUUCAGAUCAAUCUAAACAAGCUGCACACUACAGAGUCAUAAAUUUGCGACCAUUUCUAUCUUUUUUACACUCAGAUGCUAUUGGUUAAUAAUGAUUCAAAGAAUUUACUUGGUCGCUUUAUACAUGUGUAUAGAGGUGUUGUUCGCUGAGCCUCAAACUCCUGUGUUGGGCUCAGAGAGAAUAAAAAAAAACCUCUUGGUUGUAACAAUUCCUGUGAAUAGCUUUGGAUGUGGAAGGAAAUGGAAACACUUAAAACUUUCAU